AUGAAAGAAUCUUUAAAACCUACUGAUCAAUCUAUCAUAGAAGAUGGCACGUUAAAUUUACAAACUACUACUAGUACUACAUCUGAAACAACUAGUCAAGCGAUAAAUCUUCCAAUUCCAGGAUCUUCAAUAUCUGUGCUUACUACUACUACUAGUACUACUACUGUUGAAUGUACAACAUUAGUUCCGGUUAUUGAAGAACCUGAAGAAAUGCCACAACCACAGCAACAACAACAACAACAGAAUGAAUUUG